UCCACCGAAGACUCAUACAAGACUUUAUUUUUGCUGCAUGACUCUGGAUGGUGGAAAUUUUGUAUGACUUUUUUAGUGUUAAUUGUCUUAUUUCGGGGAGAAUGUGUCAGUUGUGUUGUGAUAGGGGUUCAGGUGUGUCUCCAGAUGAAGUGAUGUGAUUGGUCAGUGAGCAGCUCUCCCUGUUUGUGACAAGGAGGUGGGGGCUUUAAAACAAACCUACCUGAGGAAUUUUAAUUUCUUACACAGACUUUUAAGACACAGGUGAAACGACAUGAGGAAGUACGGCUGGAACAGUUUCAAGGAUUUAAUUUUUGGAAAUCCUGCUGUUGUUGACCAGGAUCCACCUGUGGGUGAUGGAGCUCAGAAUGCUGAACGUGAAAACUGGACCAGUAAGAGAGAAUACCUGCUGUCUGCAAUUGGAUAUGCUGUUGGACUGGGAAAUGUCUGGAGAUUCCCAUAUUUGGCCUACAAAAAUGGAGGGGGAGCUUUUCUCAUCCCGUAUUUUGUGAUGUUGGUUGUGGCUGGAAUCCCUCUCUUCUUCCUAGAAAGCGCCUUUGGUCAGUUCUGCAGCCAAGGCCCCAUCAACGUCUGGAGAGCAGUGCCGAUACUGCAGGGUGUUGGUGUUGCCAUGGUUUUAAUAACCACAAUAGUGUCCAUCUACUAUAAUGUCAUCAUCGCCUACAGUCUUUAUUACAUGUUCGCCUCCUUCCAGUCUCCUCUGCCGUGGACCGGCUGCCUCAGCUGGGCUGGAGGCAACUGCAGCACAACACCCAAAGUGUCUUGUAAUAUCAGUGGUGUUUUAGUGGUGAACUGGACUCAGGAAAACACCACUUGUCCUUCAUCCAGCAUGCAGAGUCCGAGUGAGCAGUACUGGGAUCAUGUAGCUCUGCAGAGAUCCAGUGGUUUGGAUGAAACAGGACCAGUAGUUUGGCAUUUGGCUCUCUGUCUGCUGCUGAGCUCCAUUAUAGUUGCUGCAGCUCUAAUCAGAGGCAUCAAGUCAUCAGGAAAGGUUGUGUACUUCACUGCCACUUUUCCUUACGUGCUGAUUGUGAUCCUGUUAAUCAGAGGGGUGACACUAGAGGGAGCUAGAGAUGGGAUUGAAUUUUACAUCGGUUCUCAAUCCAAUCUGACCAAACUGACAGAGGCUCAGGUCUGGAAAGAUGCAGCGACACAGACCUUCUAUUCUCUCUCCAUUGGCUGGGGAGGAGUCACGACACUGGCUUCAUAUAAUAAUUUUCACAACAAUAUGUUCAAGGAUGCAUUUCUUAUAACACUUACUAAUGCUGGUACCAGUGUGUUUGCAGGCUUUGCUAUAUUCUCAAUUUUGGGUCACAUGGCUCACGUGUACGAAAUACCUGUUGGAGAAGUGGUGAAAGAAGGAUUUGGGCUGGCAUUCAUUGCAUAUCCAGAUGCUCUGUCAAAGCUUCCCAUUUCACCUUUGUGGUCUGUUUUGUUCUUUUUUAUGCUUUUAACUGUGGGUCUGGACUCUCAGUUUGGAGGAAUUGAGGUGAUCACCACCUGCCUGAUCGAUGCCUUCCCUGAAGUCUUCAAAUCCAAACGUGCCUUACUAACCAUUGCCACAUGUUCCAUCCUUUACCUCCUGGGUUUGCCAUGUGUCACACAAGCAGGAAUCUACUGGGUGACUCUGAUUGACCAGUUCGUUGCCAGUUGGGUGUUGCUUAUUGUGGCUCUUUUGGAAGUCAUUGGUAUCUCCUACAUAUACGGUGCAAACCGUUUUGUUAAAGACAUCGAGAUGAUGAUUGGACAGAAAAGUUUUGGUUUCUGGCUUUGGUGGAGAAUGUGUUGGUUCUUCAUCACUCCUUGCCUCAUUCUGGUAAUCCUCAUCUGGUCUGUGAUAACUUUUCAAUCCCCUAUCUACGGGACGGUCAAGUACCCGAUGUGGGGUUUGGUUCUGGGCUGGUGCAUGAUUAUAUUCGUCGUCAUGUGGAUCUUUGGUAUCGCUGUGUACAAACUGUUCAGAGCAAAGGGAACCCCCUGGCAGAGGGUGAAGGCGUUGUGUCGCCCGUCUGAAGAAUGGCAUCCCUACCUGGAUGUCCAUCGAGGGGAGCGAUACUCAGAGGAACGCUGUCGUCACAAAGAGAAGCCUGUUAGAAAACGAGAGACAAAUGUGAAUGUAAUCACCAGCUCAUGGCUCUGAUGUGUUUAACUCCCAGAAUACCUGCUGUUUUUUUCCCCUUGAUGACGUACAUCUCAGAAAUGACUGUCUGAAUAGUAGAAAAACUGCUACAAAGGGCCUUAGAUUCAGCUCAUGUUUGUAAUUAUAUCAUUGAUCUAGGAACUUAUAUUUAUUUCAUCUUUCAUCCAGUGUUUUGAAUUUAUUGUGUUUUUACAUCAGCAUUUGAGAAUGUCUUUUUAUGCUUCUGUCAUGAUGAGUUUCUUUGAAUUACAUCUGUGUGUGAAAUGCUUUAUACAAAUAAACUAAGCUUGAUGAUUAACUUUUUGGUCUUACAGUUCAAAAACAACAAUAAAAUGCUCU